GCGCGCGCUCAGCGCAGCCGCGUUCAGUCACUCGGAAACUUAAGCGCUGCUUCUGGAACGAGGGACCGUGAGGUGCCCGAACGGCGCGUGACGUCACUGGCAAUCAGCGCCGAGGUCGCCUGAGCACCUGUCUCCAGCCCAGGUUCUGCGCGCGCGCGUCUGACAGACAGACAGAGAGCGAGAGCGAGCGAGAGAGGGAGGAGAGAGACAGUCUGUCCCGCACGGAGUGUGUGUGUGUGUGUGCGCCGUCCGCCUGCGCCUUUAACACCGACAGGACUUUAGCGCGUGUCCGAGGGGGGCGUGUCCUCCGGUGCCGAGGUUCGAGGAGCUGUGGAACUGCACGAGUGCGGCACGCCGAGCGCUCGUCCUCGACAGCGGGCUCUGAUCACGCAGAGAUCACGCACUGACCGCGCCGCGCGCCCAUCACGCAUAGAGCCUGGCUGCCGGCUCCGCUCCGCUGCUCUCUCUCUCUCUCGCGCGCGCACUCUCCUUUCUCCCUGCCCCGAGUCGCGCGCGUGUCGUGUGCGCGUGGGUUGCCUCGCGUGAAGGGAGGUGGGGGUGGAGGAAAUGUCUUCGCAGGGGUCUCCCGGGGGGGGCGCCUCGGGGGCUAUGCGGCUCGAGCCGGAGCAGCUGAAGGUGCUGGAGGAGAACUUCCAGAAGGUGAGCAGGAACCCGGACCAGGCGACCCUCAUGCUGAUCGCGGCCGAGUGCGGGCUGUCGGAGGAGGACACGGCGAAGUGGUUCCGGCUUCGCAACGCCCAGUGGAGGCAGGCGGAGGGGCUCCCCGCGGAGCUGGGCUCUGUGAAGGACUGAGGAGGAUGCGCUUGGGGAAGAAGGGCCUCGCUCCCACAACCUGCUGUUCAGACCAGGACUGUCGCCUCUCCCCCACGCCAGCGUGUGUCUGAUCUCUGCUCAGCCAAAUGUGAACUAUGUCCUGUUUCCACUGAUGUAAUGGCCCCGUUUACAUGCGACAGUGUGCAUGAGUGUAUAUGUAAUUUAUUUCCUUUUGGAGCUUGGAAUGUUCCGGAAUUCAGACCCCUGUGGAUCUGUGUAACCGGAUCCAUGUGUAACCGGGUGCCCGGGGACCUGUGAAAGAUGUAACGCGCUUCUCCGUUGACCCUGAUUGAAAUCACGUCCCCCUGGAACUGUUUAGGAACCCAGGUCUGAGGGAAUGUGGAAUCUUAAUGUGUAAGAUAAAUAAAUGAAUAAAAACGAAUAAUGAAAUUGCA